AUGAAGUGGAGUGCUUCCCUCACGAUUGCGCUUGCCGCGUUGCGGCAGGUUGCUGCUACGAACUCAACAUCAUGCACCCCGAGGCUAAUCAGCUACUGGAUCAACGCCAACGCCUCCAUCUCAACGGUCGAGUCGGUCGAUGCGGGCAACGGCUUCUCCGAGGAGGGCAACGUCGCCUUCCCGGGUAAUGUCACGAACUUGCCCAGUCUCUGCGCCGUGAGCUUCAUCGCAAAGACAUCGGAAGGAAAUGAGUACAAGUUUGCCAUGUUCCUGCCAGACGAGUGGAACAACAAGAUCCUUACUGUUGGGAACGAUGGCUUUUCGGGAGGCGUCAACGCUCCGGCCAUGGCCGUCGGCGUCAAGUACGGCUUCGUCACACUUGGAACCGAUGCCGGUCACAACUCUACCCAGAGCAACCUCACCUGGGCGCUGAACAACAAUGGAGCCAAGCUCGACUACGGACACAGGGCGUUGCACAACUCUCUCGCACUGGCUCAGAGAGUUGUUGAGAAGUACUACGGUCUGGCUCCUACUGCGUCUUACUUCUCCGGCACGUCAGACGGCGGUCGACAGGGUCUCAAGGCUGCUGAGACGUACCCUCGUGACUACUCGGCGCUCUUGAUCGGUGCCCCGGCUUGGUGGCAGAGCCAUUUGCAAAGCUGGAGGAUCGCGAUUGGUAUCACCAACCUGCCCACCGAUAAUGCGAAGCAUAUCCCAGCCGAGAAGUUCACCGUGAUUGGCGAUGCCGUUAGAAAGCAGUGCGACGCAGCGGACGGAGUCGAGGACAGCAUCGUCAGCGACCCCGCCAACUGCACUAUCAACUAUGACCUCUUCACCUGCGGUAAAGAUGGUGUGGACGCGACAGCUUGUCUGUUCGCUGAGCAAGUCACCGUCGCUCAGGCGCUGUACGCUGACUACAAGGUCAACGACGAAACUGUCUUCCCUGGCGUCAGCCCCUCCUCCGAGUACGGAUGGGGUUCGCUGCUGGGUGGCGGUAACGGUUCUGAGCCGAACGAGGUGGCCGUCGGCUACAUGAAGUAUUUCCUCUUCAAUGACGCGGAGUGGGCGUGGUCAAGCUACAACGAGACUGUCCCCGCGUACGCCAACGAAACGAACCCCGGCGAACUAGACGUCAACACCUUCAACCUAACCAAGUUCUCCAGCCUCGGCGGCAAGAUCAUCAUGUACCACGGCCUAUCCGAUGCUGAUGUUCCGGCUAAGGCAUCGCAGGUCUACUACGACAAGGUUGUUGCGCAGUCCGGCGGCGACGUCGAGGCCGUUCGCGCUUGGUUCCGUCUCUUCUUCCUCCCAGGACUGGAGCACAAGACCACAACCGUCGACGCGCCUUGGUACAUCGCUGGACCGGGACAGGCGGAACAGCUUCUCGGCGGUGGCAACUACUCGGUGCCAGGCUAUUCCGACGCGACACACGAUGCGCUUCUUGCGCUCCAGCAGUGGGUUGACGGCGGUGCCGCGCCGGACUCGCUCAUCGCAACAACGUGGAAGAACGCGACUGAUCCGACUACUGAGGUCCUAAGACAGAGGCCGAUUUGCCCGUACCCAUCAACCCAAAAGUUCACCAGCGGUGGUGAUCAGUCGAAGGCUGAGAGUUUCACGAUGACGGCAUCGGCGACAGGCCCGCCGUCCCUCGACGAGGUGCCAGAAGAUGCCCAUGGGGAUUCGGAGCAUGACACCCUCAAAUACUCCCUCUUGGGUCCAUCUCUUACAAAAGCUGGGCAGGAUGCUGUCGAUCAGACCAAGGUAUCCGAUAUCAUCUACAAUGCCUCGAAAGGAUCAAAAUUCUUCAAUCGUGAAGAAGAACGCGACAAAACCUUGACAAAAAAGAUUGAACAGAUCCUCGAAAAGAAACGCCACCUCGAGAAGCAAGACCUCAGUCGAGAACUUCGCCUCGCUGACCAGCUCAUCACACAGUUGGAGAUGUCCCGAGACCUGACUCAAUACAUCGUGCAUGUCGACUGCGAUGCGUUUUAUGCUGCCGUUGAACUCCUAGACCGGCCCGAACUCAAAGAUAUCCCCUUCGCUGUUGGCGGCGGUGUUCUGACAACGUGUAAUUACGUUGCGCGAAAGUAUGGAUGUCGGAGCGGGAUGGCUGGGUUCGUCGCCAAGAAGCUAUGUCCCGAAUUGGUCCUGCUCAAGCUCAACUUUGAGAAAUACACUGCAAAGGCACACGAGGUCCGCGAGAUCCUAGUCGAAUACGACCCUCGAUUCGAGAGUGCGAGUAUUGAUGAGGCGUACUUGAAUAUUACGGAAUACUGCACGAAUAAGGGAAUCGAGCCGGCCGAAGCCGUGGAGCAGAUGCGGCGAGAGGUCCACGAGAGAACCAAGAUCACAGUGUCAGCGGGUAUCGCAGCAAAUGCGAAGCUUGCCAAGAUCUGUUCAAACAUGAACAAGCCAAACGGCCAGUUUGUUCUGCCAAAUGAUCGAGGCGAAAUCUUGCGUUUCAUGGCGAAGCUUUCCCCCAGAAAAGUCAAUGGUGUUGGUCGUGUGCUUGAGCGGCAAUUGGCCGAAAUUGGUAUCAAGACUUGCGCAGACAUCUAUCCUUAUCGUCAAUUCCUCCGACCGCUCUUUGGCGACAAGGCGUACGAAUUCCUGAUCAAUGUCUAUCUUGGCCUGGGGCGCACCAAAAUCCAGCCGGCAGAGGAGUACGAGAGGAAGAGUGUCGGUACCGAGAGCACUUUCAAAGAUAUGUCUGAUCCUCAGCAAUUCAGAGAAAAGCUCAAGUGGACUGCGGAGGAGCUGGAGAAGGAUAUGAAGAGGGCAGAAGUCAAGGGUCGCACGCUGGUUCUCAAGGUGAAGCUUCACACGUACGAGGUCUUCACGCGACAAAUCGUCUUACCAAGAGCAAUAUGUCUGGCUGGCGACCUUUAUCAUUUCUCCGUUCCCAUCUUGGCGAAGUUGGAGGAGGAAAUGCCGGGGAUGAUGCUGCGCCUAAUGGGCCUACGAUGCACCCACCUUGUCAGCACGAAGAAGCCAGAUACGAUGGCAUUCUUUGGUUUCAGACCACGAAGACCUGAUGCCCUGGCAUCACCCGAGAAGGCCCCCAGGCUUGUGCACUUUGGAGCCAGCGGUGAACUUGACGAUGACGGCUGGGAGCGGUGGCCUGAAGAAUCACUUUUGGGGCUUGACAAUCAUGAGGAUUUCCGAGCGGUUGACAUCGAGAGCGAUGGUACGAACAUCGACAGCGACCCAAGCCCAGCUAGGAGACACGGCAAGGAGAUUCUACCCAAUCCUGUGCGGGAAUACGCACCCGUCAACGAUGAGAUGUGGGAUUGCCCAAUUUGCAAUCGCCCACAAGCGCCGGAUGAACGGCAGUUCAACGAGCACAUCGACCUCUGCCUUUCAAGACAGACCAUUCGCGAAGCCGUGCAUGAGGACAUGCCCCCUGCGCCGCUCUCGAGGUCGACGACGCCGGACGUAAAAAAGGUCAAGGUCGGUGGAGAAAAGAAACGCGGCAGACCACCCGCGAGACCGCCGAGUGACGACCCGCGGCAGAAGAAGCUUUGUUUUGGAUGA